AUGGCCUCCACGCCUCCUUUUGCUGUCAGAAUGUGUGCCAACCCAGCUGGGCACAUCCUCAGGUCACAGUGGCACACACUCUCACAGCCGAGUCUGCUAUUUACAGUACGCAGUAAUUCUUAUUGGGAUCCACCCUCGCAUGGCCGGCGCGCGAGGACCCCGCCGCCCUGUGCACCUUCGCCCUGCGCACCUGUGCCUUGUGCACCUGCGCCCUGUGCACCUGCGCCCUGUGCGCCUGCGCCCUGUGCACCUGCACCCUCCUCGGCGCCGCCCUGUUCGCCAGACCUGUACGCCAACAUACGGCGGCCCAAGCGCUUCUUCUCGCCAAUACGAGGCCGGCGCGCGGCGACCCCACCGCCCUGCGCGCCUUCGCCUUGCGCACCUGCGCCCUGCACACCUGCGCCCACUUCUCCGCCGCCCUGUUCACCGGACCCGUACGCCAACAUACGGCGGCCCAAGCGCUACUUCUCGCCCCUAGCAGCUCUGGCAAAGUCAGUAAGCUUGGAAUACGACGAAGACCCAUUCUACGGCAGCAACUACAGUGGGCGUGAAGUCGAGUCCUGUUGCUGCUCACCUCCGCCCCCAUCUCCGGAGCCCUGCCCAGCCUCUCCGGGACGCCACCGUGGCAGCGUUCCCAAGGGCUUCUACACACUGACGGGUGAUAUCUCACCAAAGUCGACGCCGCGGCGCACGUAG